UUGGCAAAGAGUUAUAUUUUCAAAUUUUAGAAUUAUUUUUUUAUUAUAUUGUUUAUAAGUGGCCAGUUCUAAGAACUUUCAGUUUGACCCUCGUACAUAAGAAUUUGUUAAGAAAAUAAAUCUACUGAAUAAAACAUUUUUUUGUUAAGAUAGUUGAUGUCUUCCAAUCUCGGGUCUUGACAAGAUCCAUACAAAUAAGUCGUACUAUGAAGAAUUUAUCUAACUUAUAAAUUGACUGAGCCCAAUAUCGGUGCUAUAAUAUGAUGGUUAGUUGUUAAGCUUUCCCUGUUAAAACUAUACUCUUUGAUAUAUAAUCGAAACUCAAAGCCAUCAGUAUUCACGAUAGGUAUUAUAGUUAUAUUAUUAAGUGAAAUGAAAGAAAACAUAAAUAAUCAAACAAAUACAUACAUUUACUAGGGCAAACUUCAAAAUUCAAACAAAUAAAUUUUUAUGAAAUAUAAUAUAAAGAAUGUUCAUUAUCGAUUCUUUUUGCGCAUACUACUGAUAGUUGACAUUGACAGAUGUCAUGUAUUAGCUUUGUUUAUGUUAUGAUGUACGGUUUCGUAUGGAUUGUUAAAUUUUAAUUUUUACGUUAUUAAUCACAGUGAACGACUAUUGUAAUCUGUAUUAAAAAAUCAAAAUUUGUGAUUUGAAUUGAAACGAAUAUUUACUAUGGAGAAUUUGAGAAAUAUAUGGAAGCCAGAGCGUGAGUAAUAUUCAAUAUAUAGUUUUCAAUGCCCGUUUACUUUCUAACUAAUCAAAAUAUUUUUUAGUGUAUCGUAUACAAAUGGAAGCUCCAUUGCCCAAACGAAUAAACUGUGAGAAUUGCCCAGAUAGACCUGAGUUUUACGGGAAGGAAUAUCAUGGUAUUAUGGGACACAAAGAAGCUACCCUGCUACUAGAAAACGAACCAAAUGGAGCGUUCCUCAUAAGGAAAGGAAACCAAUACAAUGAUUUUUAUACAUUAACAUGGAGGUUUGAUGAUAAAGUACACCACUUUAAGUUAUAUUACGAUGGAACACACUAUUUAAAAGAUAAACAUUAUGACACAAUUUAUGAUUUGGUCGCAGAUGGUCUUAUAACUUGCCAUAUGGAGUUGAAGGCUCAUCCGAUUCUAGAGAUGAUCAAUUCUAAGGCAAAUUAUACAGAAAGUCCAUAUGUCACUUUGAAUAGGCGAAAAUUAAACAACCUCUCUAGAAUACAACAGGCAUCAAACAAGUCAUCCCCACUAGCUAAUGAAAUUGAAGUAAAACCUAUGAUAGACAACACACUCAAGAAACCGGUAUUUGAUCUCACGCCUUCUUCGGAAGAAAACCCCUUGCUUAUGAAGUAUUCCAAAUCACAUAGUUUCAAAGUGCACACAUUUAAGGGUCUUAAUUGGUGUGAAUUGUGUGCAAAUUUCUUAUGGGGAUUCACGGCACAAGGCGUUAAAUGUGAAGAUUGUGGCUUUAUAGCACACUCUAAAUGCUCAGAGAGAGUUCCAAAUCACUGCUUGCCUGAUCUGAAGAAAAUCCGUGGUGUCUUCGGCAUAGAUCUGACGACGUUACUGAACGCUCACUCCAGUACCCUGCCGUUUGUGGUCAGGAAGUGUGUGAACGAAAUUGAAGCGAGAGGCAUGGAUUCUGAGGGUAUUUACAGAGUGUCAGGAUUUGCUGAUGAGAUCGAGGCACUGAAGAUGGCAUUUGAUAAAGAUGGAGAAGCGGCGGACCUCAGCGUGUACAGUAACAUAAAUGUGGUGGCGGGAACAUUGAAACUUUACCUGCGGUUACUGCCUGUGCCACUGGUCACCUAUGAAGUGCAUCCGAAACUAGUACAAGCUAUACAAAUGAAAACAGUGACGUCACAAGUGGGUAUGUUGCGAGAGUGCCUCGAUCUGCUACCGCCGGCGCAUUUCAACUGUUUGCAGUAUAUGGUGCAACAUUUACAUAGGGUAUCUCAAUUAGCCGAAGUGAACAAAAUGAGUGCUCACAAUUUGAGUACAGUAUUUGCGCCAACCCUGGUGGCUACUCCGCCCGCCAUCACAGACCUCGCCUUCGAAAUUCGCGCUUUGCAAGCUCUCAUAGAAUACUGCCCGCAGAUAUACUACGGCAAUAAGUAAACUACAAAGUUAUGACGUGUUACUUUAUUCCUUUAUGUUCUUCAAUCGGAGGUUUGACAGCAUCAUAACAGCAUCAUACAACGGUCGCCGAACAGAAAGGAUUUCGUUCAACAGUCAACUGCGAGUCAGGUUAUACAUAUUGUCAAAUUUCUCCACUCAAUAUUAAACCUUAAUGUUUUGAGGGUAGAGUUUAAAAUCAACACGAGAAAUUUGACAUAUUUUGAUAACAUGACGUG